AUGACUGACAUUCAGAAUACUACGACGGAUUCGAAUGUUCCAUCAAUAAAACUCUAUUGGUUGAACGAUAGUCGCGCUGAUAGAAUAUUAUUUUUGCUGGAAGAAUUACAAAUACCAUAUGUAAUUGAAAAAGUCCAACGUGGACCUGAUAAACUUGCACCGCCUGAAUUAAAACAGGUUCAUCCACUUGGUAAGAGUCCUGUGAUCAAAGAUGGUGAUAGAGUUGUUGCCGAAUCUGGUUUUAUUAUUGAUUAUCUUAUUAAAAAAUAUGGUAAAAGUAAAAAUUUACAACCAACAAACGAAGAUGAUUUAUUUCAGUAUGAUUAUUUUCUUCACUAUGUUGAAGGUAGUUUAAUGCCAAUCCUAGUUAUGAAAUUUAUCUUUCAAAAUCUACAAAAACAAGCACCAUGGGUCAUCAAGCCUAUUGUAAAUGCUAUUUGCAAAAAAGUGGAUGAUCUCUAUCUCGGACCAAAUAUCAAUACACAUUUGGAUUUUCUUGAAGGUGAAUUAGGAAAAAGAAAAUGGUUAGCCGGUGAACAAUUUUCUGGUGCUGAUAUUCAAGCAAGUUUUGCCGUAGAAAUGCUUAUGAAACGAUCAAAUACUAGUGAAGCAUCCAACACGAAUUUGUCUCGAUAUGUACAAGCAAUGCGUGAACGACCAGCGUACAAACGAGCCAUGGAAAAAGCUGGAAAAACAACAAUGAGUGGCUAA